AUGUCUCCGAUUGCUGCCAUGGAUGUGUGUCAAAAUGGAAGUGUCAAAAACUUUGAGGCAGCAGGCUCUAUGUUUGAAAUUGAUUCCGAAUUCUUAAGAUUGUCUGACAAGCCUAGACCUGUCAAUGUGGAGAGAAAGAGAUCCUUCGAUGAAAGAUCAUUUAGUGAAAAUUCCUUUCGCAUAAUAGACCAUCUUGAGAAUUUGUCUCCCGCAGGAAGAAGGUCUGGUUUUAAUACACCAAGGUCAUGUGGUUUUGAAUCACACCCCAUGGUAGUCGACGCGUGGGAAUCGUUGAGAAGAACAUUGGUUUACUUCCGGAGCCAACCUGUCGGGACUAUCGCUGCAUUGGACCAUUCUGUCGAAGAACUCAACUAUGAUCAGGUAUUUGUUAGAGAUUUUGUACCAAGUGCUUUAGCUUUUCUGAUGAAUGGGGAGCACGAGGUAGUCAGGAAUUUUCUUUUGAAAACCCUUCAUCUCCAGUCACGUGAGAAAAUGGUAGACCAGUUCAAGCUAGGAGCAGGAGUGAUGCCAGCAAGUUUUAAAGUGCUCCAUCAUCCUGAUAGAAAUAUUGAGACUUUAAUGGCUGACUUUGGCGAGAGUGCGAUAGGAAGAGUAGCUCCUGUUGAUUCUGGAUUUUGGUGGAUUAUAUUGCUUCGUGCAUAUACCAAGUCCACAGGAGACUCUUCCUUGGCUGAAAUGCCUGAAUGUCAAAGGGGUAUGCGCCUUAUCCUGAAUCUGUGUCUGUCAGAAGGCUUUGACACAUUCCCAACUCUGCUCUGUGCCGAUGGAUGCUGUAUGAUCGAUCGUCGAAUGGGUGUGUAUGGAUAUCCUAUUGAGAUUCAAGCACUCUUCUUUAUGGCACUAAGGUGUGCUUUGAUUCUACUCAAGCAAGAUGAUGAAGGGAAGGAAUUUGUGGAGCGGGUAGCUACGCGGCUCCAUGCUUUAAGCUAUCACAUGCGCAAUUAUUUUUGGCUAGACAUGAAGCAACUCAACGACAUAUAUCGGUAUAAGACAGAGGAGUAUUCUCAUACUGCACUUAACAAGUUCAAUGUUAUGCCUGAUUCUCUUCCAGAUUGGGUUUUCGAUUUCAUGCCGACUCGUGGUGGCUACUUCAUUGGAAAUGUUAGUCCUGCGAGAAUGGACUUUCGUUGGUUCUGUUUAGGUAAUUGUGUUGCAAUUUUGUCAUCUCUGGCAACUAUUGAGCAAGCUUCAGCAAUAAUGGAUCUAAUUGAAUCUCGAUGGGAAGAACUGGUUGGAGAAAUGCCACUGAAAAUCUGUUAUCCAGCCCUAGAAAGUCAUGAAUGGCGUAUUGUGACCGGCUGUGAUCCGAAGAAUACUAGGUGGAGUUACCACAAUGGAGGGUCCUGGCCAGUCCUUUUAUGGCUUCUAACAGCAGCUUGUAUCAAGACUGGCCGUCCUCAAAUUGCUAGGCGUGCCAUUGAACUUGCUGAAAGCCGGUUAUCAAAGGAUUACUGGCCUGAAUACUAUGAUGGCAAGCUUGGUUUAUACGUUGGAAAGCAGGCUCGCAAAUUCCAAACGUGGUCCAUUGCCGGCUACUUGGUUGCCAAAAUGAUGCUUGAAGAUCCAUCUCAUCUUGGCAUGAUUUCACUCGAGGAAGACAAACAAAUGACGCACUUGGUGAAAAGAUCUGCUUCGUGGACUUGUUGA